CAUAAUAUAUUAAGUAUUCAAGUAGUUGUAGGUAUCUACCAGCUAUUCUACAUCAUUAAUUAUUAUUGAAUAUUAAUAAAUAAUAAUUAUUAAUUAAUAUUUAAUAAUACAUUAUAUUGCUUGGUCGUCAAUUACUCGUCAUCCGUCUUAACUCUAAAGUUUUCAUAUUUUGCGUUUAGCCCAUGGCCGGCACCGGAAUUUGAAAGUUUUACAUUUUGUGUUAAUCGUCGUAAAUAAUUUUCAGCCAAGAGAAGACGUCACGUGCGUUUAAGACCGGUCUCUCCAGCCUCACUCAACAUUCGACAUGCACAAUCCUCUACUGGUAUAAUCCUGUUAUAUGACUACCUGAACAAGGUGAAUAAAGAACCAAAUUGCUCAUUAUUGGAGUGAUAAACAUGUGUUCACAAAUCAAACAUUGAAACACGAAGAAUCUAAAAAAAAAAAUGGACUUUUUAAACAAUCUUGAAGGAAUAAUAACUAAGAAUGGAGACAUGGUAACAUUUAUAGCUGAAGAUUUGGAAAGUAAACUUAAACAGACAAGCCCAACAAUACCUAAUAGACCAUUAGGAAGAUUUGUUUUAGAUGCCAAUUUACUAAACGACUUAGAAUUUGAAGCUAGAAAUAUUGCUGCAUCUGUAGAUACAUUAUCUGAAUCUCUCUCGGGAGUCCUACACAGCAUGUCUGCAUUAACUGUUGACUGUUUGGAAAUAUACAGGGAUGUGGUUUGUAAAACAUGUGAUUCAAUUGAUGCCAAUAUUAAAUCUAUGUAUCAAUUAAUGGCUAAAUGCGAAGAAGUCUCAAGAGAAAUGGAACCUAUCUAUAAAUUGGCUCAACAAGUCAAAGAUAUAAAACAUAUUUUAGACUUAUUUGAAAAUGCAGUAAAUUGAUAGUUUAUAAAAUUAGUCAUAUUCAAUUUCUUGUUAUUUAUGUAUUUAUAUUAAAAAAUAAUAUUACAUUAACACUUAAGGUUAUAAAUAAUUUGUGUGUAUGUGUGUGCAUGUUUAACAAGUAGAUAGCUAUAAAUACUUACAGAUAAUCGACUUUGCUUAAAAUUAUCCUUAUUUUCAUUUUGUACAGAAGAAGAAAUACAGUUACAAGGUCCAGAUUGAUGAAGAAAAGUAAAGUAUUCACUUCUGCCUAAUAUCUAUUAAUACUUAAUAUUAAUUAAAUACAAAUCAAAUACAUUAAUAUUGUUAUCAUUAUAUCUUACCUCUAAAUAUUGGCUAAUAUACAUGAGUUGAUAAUGUUUCUCACACUCAACAACAUCUUGGAAACACUUUUUCUCCAUAAUAACUGAUUUAAUUGCUAAAUUUGCUACAUCACAAUCACUAUCAAUUGUUUUAUAAGCAACUUGUUCAUCUACUCCAGACCACCCUUUAGGUAUUAAUGCUAUCCAAUCUUUAGGGGAUACAUUAAUAAGAGCCUAAAAAUAGAAUAAUAGUUAUGAAUUUAUAACUUUCAAAUAACUUUUAAACAAAAAUUACUUCUUGUUCCACAUUAUAGUCAACGAUCAAAUCAUUUUCUAUGAAAUAACUUUGAUGUACAAAAAUCUUGACUAUUUGUUCCAUAUUGUCUAAAAUAAUUAAAAACAUAUACAUACCCAAUAAGCAGUAGAAUAAAUAAGGGGGCUUAGCCCCUAAAAAUAUGAAUAAAAUAAAGGUAUAUAAGUUUAAAAAAAAGCAAUUUUCAAAAAUGAUCAAUUUAUUGCAAUCUUAAGAAGCAUAAUAUUGCAUUUUGCACAUUGAUUUAGUUAUAGUUUCUAUAGGUACAUAAUACUUUUAAUUAUAUAUUAGUUUGAUUUAUAUUUUUUAUUGUGUGCAACAUUUUAUACUUUAUCAUA